AUGGCCACAAGCAAACAGGAUAUCGCUUCAACCAUCAGACCGUGCAGAAAGAUAGCUUUAGUGAGUGGUUACACUAUGAAGGAAUACGAUCAGCUAAUCUCUGACUUGAAAAAAGAGAACUUUAGUCUCAAGUUGAGAAUAUACUACAUGGAGGAGAGAUUGCAGCAGACGUUUGGUGAUGGCCAUGAUGUGUUAAAAAUGAAUGUUCAACUGCAGACAGAAAUAGACAGCCUGAAACAGGAACUUAUAGACAAGCAAGUGUUGAUUCAGAAAGCUGCUUUUGCAAUAGAAUCAUUGACUGCUGACCGAGGGAAAGAAGAAGAAACCAUCAGAAAUCGCUUGCAUGCAGACCAUGCAAAGGAGUUGGCCCAGUUAUGUGACCAGAUGGACAAAGCUAACCAGAGCAAAGAGUUGAGUCAGAGUGAGGUUGAUAAGGCAAGAAAAGAAAUACAAAUACUGAAACAGCAGUUAGAUGACACAGCAAGAGAGCUAGCUGCAGCAGUUAAGGCUAAGGAGGACUUUGAAAAGACACUUGAAGAUAUGAAGCUGGAGCAGAAACAGAAAGAUGCAUUGCUUGACCGUUACAAGAGAAGUGUAGAGGGUCUGGUAAAGACACUACAGCAGAAGAGUGAAGAAUUGCAUGAUCUGUCAUUAAAGCAGCUGCAUGAUGUGAAGCUGCUGAUGGAUUUUCUGCACAAAGAGAUGAAGUCUCUUGCCCAUUCUAGCCAGCAGCUCAAGGACAACACUAG